GAAAAGUUGAGCACUGUACAGUUUCCUCCUCAUUUUACACCCAAAGAUUUGAGAGGUAUUCACGGCCAUUGCGAUGUCGUCGUCCGUACUGCCUUCGGCGAGAACAGAGCUCUUCAACCCAAUUCAUGAAACCAGGUUCAUUGGCCUCACAAGACCAUUUAAUUGCAACAGAAGCAAAUGUGUGAUGAACAGGAGGAGUUUUGCUUUCAGAGGAGUUGCAGCUGCAGGACUCUCAGUCAUGGGUUCUUCGUUGACUGCUCAGCCAGUUAAAGGUGUUGAAAGACUGGAAUUUAAGCCGGAGGGGUACAAUUUUUGGACAUGGAGGGGUCACAAAAUUCAUUAUGUGGUACAAGGAGAAGGGCCUCCAGUUGUUCUUAUUCAUGGUUUUGGUGCUUCUGCAUUUCACUGGAGGUACAACAUUCCAGAGUUGGCUAAAAAAUAUAAGGUUUAUGCUAUAGACUUGCUGGGGUUCGGGUGGAGUGAGAAAGCACUUGUUGAUUAUGAUGCCAUGGUUUGGAGAGAUCAAGUGGAGGAUUUCUUAAAGGAGAUAGUGAAAGAACCGACAGUUUUAGUUGGAAACAGCCUCGGAGGUUUUACUGCUUUGGUUGCAGCAGCUGGGUUGCCUGAGCAAGUAGUUGGAGUUGCACUUCUGAAUUCUGCGGGACAGUUUGGAAAUCCUAAUAGUGUAGCCAAGGAGUCUGAGGGGGAAACAGCCCUGCAAAAGUUCAUCCUAAAGCCCCUGAAGGAAGUUUUCCAGCGAGUGGUACUUGGAUUUCUGUUCUGGCAAGCAAAGCAACCAGCACGUGUUGAAUCCGUCUUAAAGAGCGUCUAUAAAAACACUGCCAAUGUGGAUGACUAUCUGGUGGAGUCCAUAAUAAUGCCAGCUGCUGACCCAAACGCUGGAGAAGUGUAUUACAGAUUGAUGACCCGGUUCAUGACAAACCAGACCAAGUACACUCUGGACAGCGUCUUAAGCAAGUUGUCUUGUCCACUGUUGUUGGUCUGGGGUGACUUGGAUCCGUGGGUAGGUCCUGCCAAGGCUAACAGCAUCAAAGCGUUUUAUCCGAAUACAACUUUGGUAAAUCUGCAGGCCGGGCACUGUCCACACGAUGAAGUUCCAGAGCUUGUCAAUACGGCUUUAUUAGAUUGGUUAUCAACUUCACCACUUAAAGCCUCUCUCCAAACAGUCUGAACGAAUAGAAAUCUGUAGCACCCACCCCUCAUGUUUGAUAUGAGGAGUAUACUUGCAAUACGAAUGUACAAUUGUAAAUUCAUUUAUCAAAUUACUACUUAAUGUUAGCUUUCCUUCGUGUUC